GCUGCCCCAUCGCGGCUGGGCAGAGCCCGGCCACAGGCGGCUCCGGGGCAGCGGGCGGCGUCCCCCGAGCCGGGCCCUGCCCGCCCGCGUGCCUGCGGGAUCGGGGCCCUGGGAGCCUUCUACCGGGCGGGGGGGAGAGUCCCGCCCGCGGGCACCAUGAGUCGCUGCCAGCGGCGGUGCCACAGGCAGCUGCGCAGGGUCGUUCGCUUCUUCUACCACUUCGUCACUGGGACCCUCUCGCAAGGCAACCCGCCCGGCCAAACCAAAAAAGCCCUGAAGCAGCGACUCCUCAAACUGCUGCCCUGCUGCGGGCCCCAAUCCAUCCCCUCAGUCAGCGAAAACAGCGCGGAGGACGAGUUCGAACUCUCCACCGUCUGCCAUCGCCCCGAGGGGCUGGAGCAGCUGCAGGAACAGACCAAGUUCAGCCGCAAGGAGCUGCAGGUCCUGUACCGGGGCUUCAAGAACGAGUGCCCGACUGGCCUCGUUAACGAGGAGAACUUCAAACAGAUCUACUCCCAGUUCUUCCCACAGGGAGACUCCGGCACGUAUGCUGCUUUCCUCUUCAACGCGUUCGACACCGACCAUGACGGCUCGAUCAGCUUCGAGGACUUCGUGGCCGGCUUGUCCGUGAUUCUCCGAGGCACCAUAGACGACCGGCUCAGCUGGGCCUUCAACCUCUAUGACCUGAACAAAGACGGCUGCAUCACCAAAGAGGAAAUGCUGGACAUCAUGAAAUCCAUCUACGACAUGAUGGGCAAGUACACGUACCCGGCCAUGCGGGAGGAGGCCCCCCGGGAGCACGUGGAGAACUUCUUCCAGAAGAUGGACCGGAAUAAGGACGGGGUGGUCACCAUCGAGGAGUUCAUCGAGUCGUGUCAGAAGGACGAGAACAUCAUGAGAUCCAUGCAGCUCUUCGACAACGUGAUCUAGCCUCUGCCGGCCUCGCCACCGGGCCAAGCUCCCGCUUCUCUCUCGUCUCUUCCGCUGAGACCCCCCCGCCCUGGCUGCGCAGCCCCCCUGAAAGGGCUGGAUGGCGCCGCAGGGGAAGGAUUUUGGCUCCAGGAGACACGGUGGCGGCACCUACGAUGAAGGGACCUUCCCUUGCCCUGGGGCUAGCGGCGGCUCUGCCUGCCGGGGGGACGUGCUGCUGGGGGCGGAGCGUGGGCACAGCCUGGCAGAAGGCAAGCGCUGUCCCGGGGCACCUGGGCCCAAACGGACCUUCCUACGCCCAUAGCAGGGAAGCGGAGCUGCCUGGCUCCGGACAGCACCCACCCCGUCCUGCUAGGCCUCCACCGCGCAGCAAGCAGCUCCCAGGGAGCCCCGCGCUGGAGGAUUCAGAGCCGGCUCCUUCCCUCCCUCGUCUCUGGCCCCAGCUCCCGGACGCCGUCCAGCGGGGGGGGGAGUGGGUCCCGCACCCACCGGUUCCAGGUGCUUUCGGCAAACCUGGACCAGUCCCCAUCGCCGUUCAUCACAGGGGCCGUCAGCCCGCCCGGGAGAUGCCCUCUGCUGCUUCCGCCUUCUCCGAGGGGGGUGGGCAGAGGGGCAGGGCCGGGGGCCUGGGAGGAGGCAGCCAGGCUGGGCGCGUCCCUGCGCUCACGGGCGAGUGGCCGGCGUUAGGCGGCGGGAGCAGGAGGCUGGGCUGGGCUUGAGGUGCCCGGGGCAGGCAGCGGCUGGGGACUGCUCCGGGAAGCCUGUCACCACGACGGGAGCGCUGGGGCAGCGGCUGUCGGGGCCGAGCCAGGAGGCGCCGGUCUCGCACCACGUCCCAGCCGCUCGGGGAGCCGCACCGGGGGUCGGGGGUGGCCCCGUGGCUCCUGGCAGAGGGGCCUGGCUGGCAGGGCUGGUCAGCGUGGCGGGCACCGAGCCCAGAGGAGCUGGGGGGGGGCUUGCAGACGGCUGGGGGCAGAGGGGGCGCCAGGAAUCCAGCUGGCACUUUGUGCCUGGGCGAAACGUUUCCCUUCGAUGAUCUAGCGCACGGGGCCCGGCCCGGCCCAGGUUAGCC